AUUUGUCAUCAGUUUUAAACUAUUGUAUUCCAUGGAACUGCUAGCACUAUUAAUGUCAGUGUUGAAAAUAUCAUAUGACGGGAUUGUGCAUAUAAACAGUUAGACGAUACAGGGACAUGUUGUCUCUUACCUUCCAGUAGCGCACAGACCAGCCAACAGCCAAGAUGUCAAUAUCUUAUUGCGUUUGGACGCUCUACAUUCUGUGCUGUGUUUUCAAACCAUGCAGUUGUGUUACUUCAAAAGAAGAUUUUAAGCGCAUCCCUUCACCGGAAGAAACAGCUAAAAAGUUGAAAAAACAUUUUCUAGAUCUGGAAAAAGAGGAUCCAGUUAAAAUUCCAUACCGGACUAAAAGACAAUUGUACAAUUUCUUUGACGUUGUUUACAUCAUUGAUUCAUCCAGCUCGAUCAGCGAGUUAGAAUUCAAGAGAGGAAUCCAAGCCAUUGAACAAAUGAUACAAAAAUCAAAAGCAGCAUCGAGACAUGGUGUAAUUACCAUAGCAACUACUGGAACCAUCACCCUUAACUUUACCACAAGUGAGAAAGCCGCUCAAAAACUGCGCACGCUCAAGAGAARUGGUGGGAAAACCAAUACCCAGCAUGCAUUGGAAAUGUGCAAURAAAUGUUUGUKGAUCAAAGUUAUGGAGCUCGAGAAGGAAGCUUUAGAAGAGUUCUUAUUGUCACAGAUGGUCAAUCUAACAUCAAKAAGCAUUUGACAUUAGAAAAGGCAUCAAUAUUAAGACAAUCAGGAAUUGAGGUGUUUGUGAUUGCUGUUGGGGAAUAUCUUGAAGGAAUUGAGGAAUUAUCAAAAAUGGCUAGUUCRCCCAAUGCUCAUAUGUACCGAGUAGAAGACAUGCAUGGACUGGURCUGGUGGUUAAACUCAUACCCCAUACCCUCUCAGCAUGGAGUAGUAAUAUUCUGGGAGGAGGUCCUACAGUGUUGAAUGGGGGCAGGGGUCUUGGUUGAGUAGUGAUGCCCUAGAUGCAGGCCAAAUCCAAUGUGAACAUAAAUGAUUUUAUUUUAUUUGCAUUGAUUUGGGCACAUGCGAGAUUCAACACCUAAAAUGGGCAGCAUAACAGUGUCCAAAGCUUUGUUGGAUCUAGUAGGUGUGGGCCUAGCCAGAUUCCUCUUUCUGGAUUUUUGUACCCUUUAUUGUGUGCACUUAAAAAUGAAUUCAUUAUAUUUGUGAAACGCUUUGUUGCUAGAAAUUKUACAAAAUUGCACUAAUUAUGAAUAUUA